AAGUGCCUGGGCAUAAAGGAGGGUGGAGAGAGGGAGAGGAGGCAGUGAGGGAGGCAAGAGGGAGGAGGGAGGGAGGGAGGGAGGGAGGAUGAAAGGUGGGUAAGACCUCACUCGAGUCCCGUACUUCGCACUCUCCACCUGUACCUUGGCCUCUCGCACAGGUAAGUCAAUCCUCUGGCCUCACUCUGCCUCACGGGGCCACACCAGUCACUCGCCUGCCCCUCAAGCCCUCCGCGGGGCACCCAGGAUAUCCCAGGCGGCAGGAGCGGAGACGGAUACUUUUUUUUUAUUAACUUUAACUGAAGCCAUUUAUUCCCAUCAUCACCUGCUGCGUUUGUGAUAACAGCGAGACAGAAGAAGAAGAAGAAGAAGAAGAAGAAGAAGAAGAAGAAAAAUAAAAGCAGAAAGCAAUAGAUACAAUAAAAAAAAAAAAAGAGAAACACAAUAGCUAGGAAAACCCACAUACACACCCACCUAUCCCCCCAACACACACACACACACACACACACACACACACACACAUGAGCUUCACCCAUUCAGACGUGGACAUGGGCAGUGGUGGUGGUGGUGGUGGUGGAGGGAGACACAUAGUACUCAGUCACUCCCCACAUGACUACCACGCCUCCUCCAACGUCACCAGCCCCACUAGCACCUCCCCUCUUCCCACCCAGUGCCAAGGAGGGGCGCGGGGGGACGGAGUGCCAAGCCACCUCUCCCCAGCUCCCCCCAACAUGCACUCUGUCAUCGUGCCAAACUCAGCGGUUCUCCAUCAACAAGGAACCUCACCUUUGUGCAAUGUGGGCGUCACCAUAGCCGGCGGCGGGGAGAUACUACUAGGGGGAGCAGGAGGAGGUGGUGGAGGAGGAGGGGAAGUGGCACCAGCAGGAGGAGGAGGAGGAGGAGGAAGCACCCUGGCUUGCACUAUUUGUGGGGACAGAGCGACGGGGAAACACUACGGGGCUCACUCCUGUGACGGCUGUAAGGGGUUCUUCCGCCGCUCCGUCAGGAAAAACCACACGUACAACUGCAGGUUUAACAGGAGCUGCACAGUGGACAGAGACAAGAGGAACCAGUGCCGAUAUUGUCGACUACGAAAGUGUAUCCGAUCUGGAAUGAAGAAGGAAGCCGUGCAGAAUGAGAGGGACAGGAUCAGCACCAGGCGGCCCUGCUAUGACGAGACGAACAACGCUGGCGGCAUCACGCUGGCCAUCGUCCUGAGCGCCGAGCACCUCUCCAGACAGUUCUCUCCGGCCGUGGAGGAGGUGAACGUGAUGAGCAAGAAGGUGGCAGGAGUGAUGGACGUGUGUGACAGUAUGAAACAGCAGCUCCUUAUCUUAGUCGAGUGGGCCAAGUAUAUCCCUGCCUUCUGUGAUCUGCCUCUUGAUGACCAGGUCGCCCUUCUGCGCGCCCACGCCGGGGAGCACCUGCUGCUGGGUGCCGCGUGGCGCUCCAUGCGGCUGCAGGACAUGAUUCUGCUGGGGAACGAUUGCGUCAUCCUUAGGAACUCCUCGGAGAUGGAGAUCAGCCGCAUCGGUCAGCGCAUCUUGGACGAGCUGAUCAGGCCUCUACGUACAGUCCAGCUUGAUGAACAUGAGUACGCCUGCAUCAAAGCCAUCGUUUUCUUCGACCCAGUCAUUCGGGGCCUGCGCAACGUGGAGCGUGUCAAGAUGCUUCGGUACCAAGUUCAGUUGCUUCUCGAGGACUACAUCAACGACCGCCAGUAUGAAUCACGUGGCCGCUUCGGGGAGAUUCUUUUGACCCUCCCGGCGCUGCAGUCCAUCACGUGGCAGAUGAUCGAGCAGAUACAGUUUGCUAAGCUCUUCGGGGUGGCAAGGAUUGAUAACCUUCUGCAGGAGAUGUUGCUUGGAGGCGCGACAGGUGAGGGCGUGAAUGGCGUGUCCGGGUCAUCGGGUGGUGGGUACGGCGGCGGGGACGGCGGGAUAGGAAUAGGUGUACCCGCCCCUCCUCCUGGCGGCGUGGGGCUUCCUAUCCCUCUAGGGGCAGCCACGGCAGCUGGGGGAGGCCUCGCCAUGGGUUUGAACACCACUGGGGACACCACACAGGGCUCCACAAGCUCCCCUGCUCCUCCUCCCCACGAGCACCAGUCCCCCCAACCCUGCAUCCCCUCCUCCUCCCCAUGUGCAUCCGGGGAGAUGAGCAACGGCCACCUUGGAGUAAUAACUAGGGACGCCAUCAAAGUGCUGCUGACAGCGACGCAGACGAAGGCGGAUCUUAUUAGCGACUUCUCCGUGGACUGUGGUAACCUACUGAGAUCCUUUUCCUCCGUUUGCCUCACCUAUAAACAAUCUCUCAGCGAAAGAUAUAAACGAGGCACAGAAACAAAGGGCGCGGCUUCCUUUGACGAUGAUAUCACUGAAUUCCGUCCCCGUCCGCUUCACGUUCUCCUCGCGGAACAAGACGAAGACCCGAUGCUGCCCCCAGAAGACGCCUUCCAACUCGUCAAGACUCAUUGGACAAGAGAAAGGUUCCGCAGGUCCCACCGGGACGUGAAUGGCUAUGACGAGUGCUGCCCGCAGUCCACCAAGAACUGCACUGUGUAUGAGGUGGCCGAGUACUGUAACAGCCUCAGGCCCCCGUAUAGGGAACUCUUAGCUUCCAGAAAGAGGCAGUAAAAGUGGGAGGAGGACAACGCGGCCACUGCUGCUCCGAACAAUUUAAGUCAGUUCACUUCGCAGUCUCGUCAUUUUCGUCCGUAUCUUCCUUCCAAAUGAGGUACUAAAGGAAUAUGUUUACAAAAUUAUCACUUCACAUCCUUACAAUUUUUUUUUUUUCGGUACGGGUUAGAAAAGGUAAAAGUAAUUGCAAAACCUGAAAAUUUCCAUCCGUGUCCUCCCUCUAGAAGGCACUAUUGAAGGAUUUGUGUUUGCAGAAUUCUUACCUCACGCCUCCACUUGUUUCAUCUUUCCAAAAACACCAGAGGAAGAUCAACAUCAAGAUCAACAAGUUAUCGCUUCAGAACCUGACAAUUUUCAUUCCAUGCGGUCUAAAAAAGUUCGUAAAAGUUCAUGCUAACAAAUUAAAGCUUCAUAACCUAAUAAUUUUGCAUCCCUUCCAUGCCCCUCCCCACUCAUAAAAAAAAAAAAAAAACUAAACUAACAUUUUUAACAAAUCAAUAAUUUUGCAAACUGAAACUGUUCAUCCAUUCCAAUCUCUCUUUCCUCAAAAAAAAAAAAAAAAAAAAAAAAAAUAAAAUAAAAUAAAAUAAAAUAAAAUAAAUAAAUAAAUAAAAAUAAAUUAAUUAGUUAAAUAAAAAAAAUAAAAAAGUAAUGAGGUCCAUGCUAAUAAAAUAAUCACUUUUCAAUCUUACAAGUUUCAUUCGUACUCCAUAAGAACGUACUAAGCCAUAUUAACAAAUUCAGAGGCUUAGAAUUCACUCCUAUCGUUAAAACGGAAAGUCACUGAAAGCUCAUGAUAGUACAUUAUAACCACAUUUUUACAAGUUUCCUUUCUUCUCCCUAGACAAAGUUACUGAGUCUCUUACUAACAAACUGAUCACUUGAGAACCAUGCACUGCUCAUCUCACAGGCCUCUCACUCACUCAAACCAAUAUAAAAGUGUGUUUAUUAAUCAUCGUAAAGAAAAAUAUACAGAAAAAGCAACAAAACUCAAAUUCUUCAAGAUCCCCAUGUAUAUUUCGCACCUGCCCACUGUUCAGCUUCCCUUCACACCUGCUGGGGAAGGUAACAGGUAUUUAAGCCUCCUCACAGGUAAAACCCAUCCCCAUAAUACCAUGUUCCCAUCUGAUUGGUGAAUUGGUGAAGCAUAAAACAAAUAAAAUCUCAUUAGAGUUGCAA